UUCCGCCCUCUUUUACUUGUCUCCCUCUUUAAUUUGUUUUCUUUUCUUUCUUUUUGCCUUCUUUAUAUCUCUUUCAUUUUUUCUUUUGCUCGUUUCGUUGCAUAUUUUUUUUACAGGUUGUUUAUUGGAGAAAUGAUGGCUGAUAGGCACCAACAUCCUUCUGUCAUGCUAAAGAUUGCUGGACAACUCCAUCUUGGUUCCAGCCUUUCUCAAGAUGUUCGAUAUCGGUAUGGAGGAUUCCAAAGGCCUGCUGUACAUCAGAAGCGUUUUGCAUCUGCAAGUUGCAAUGCAACAUUACAGCAUCCCAUGACACAGCUGGCAUGCCACCCAGUAAGCUAUAAUCUCUCGUUGUUUGGAUCGAGUUCAUCAACUGUAUGUGCCCAGGCUCCAUCAGAGAAAGGCAUUUCCGGUUUCGUUAUCGAUUUCCUCAUGGGUGGAGUUUCUGCUGCUGUGUCCAAAACUGCUGCUGCUCCUAUUGAACGUGUCAAGCUCUUAAUCCAAAACCAGGAUGAGAUGAUUAGAGCCGGUCGCCUCUCCGAACCUUACACUGGUAUUGGUAAUUGCUUUAAAAGAACAAUAGCAGAUGAAGGCAUGAUGUCUUUGUGGAGAGGAAACACAGCUAAUGUGAUCCGUUAUUUCCCGACUCAGGCCUUGAACUUUGCCUUCAAGGAUUACUUUAAAAAACUGUUCAACUUUAAGAAGGACCGUGAUGGCUACUGGAAGUGGUUUGCUGGGAACUUAGCAUCUGGUGGUGCAGCUGGUGCCUCUUCCCUUCUCUUUGUCUAUUCCCUGGAUUAUGCUCGGACUCGUCUGGCUAACGAUGCCAAAGCCGCAAAGACAGGAGGGGAGAGGCAAUUCAAUGGCUUGGUUGAUGUAUACACCAAGACUCUCAAAUCAGAUGGUAUUGCUGGCCUCUACAGAGGUUUCAACAUUUCAUGUGUUGGUAUCAUUGUGUACCGAGGCCUGUACUUCGGAAUGUAUGAUUCUCUAAAGCCGGUUAUCCUUGUUGGAAAGUUGCAGGAUAGCUUCUUUGCUAGCUUUGCUCUUGGUUGGGUUAUUACAAAUGGAGCAGGUCUUGCCUCCUAUCCCAUCGACACUGUCCGCAGAAGAAUGAUGAUGACAUCGGGUGAAGCCGUGAAGUACAAGAGCUCGAUGGAUGCGUUCUCGCAAAUCCUUAAGAAGGAGGGCUUUAAGUCACUGUUUAAGGGAGCUGGUGCCAACAUCCUGCGUGCGGUUGCUGGUGCGGGUGUGCUUGCAGGCUAUGAUAAGCUCCAAAUGAUUGUUUUCGGAAAGAAGUAUGGUUCUGGUGGGGCAUAAUCAUAUGGCAACUACAGAUGGUUCAUCAAAUUCAUUGCAAUGUUAUUUAUUACAUUCCAAAUUUUGCCUUGCCUACCGCAAAUAUUAUUUUUAUUCUCAUUUUGAAUAACUUAGUUUAGAGAGGUUGUCUCGUCUCAUAGAAGAACAUUAGUCCUCUCAUGGGAGGAAUAUUUUUACCCUGAUUGCAACCGUACACUACACUACCUUUUGAAAUUAUGUAUUGUCCUUUAUAUCUUAGGAAAUUCCAAGGAUAUAUACUUAAUUAUUACUUUGUUUUUUAUCUUUUUCUUUUAAUCAUUACUGUAU